AUGGUGACGGGCGGCAGGCAGAGCAGCAGCGGCGGCGGCGUCGAGGCUGUCAGUGAGAGCCAGCCGAGCGAGCGAGCGGCGGAAAUCAAGCGCAGGCGUCCGCGGGGGCUGCAGGAGGGGAAAAGCAGCGCCGUCGCGGCCGCCGCCAUGGACGCGCAGUGCGAUGGUGGCGAACCCACCGCGCUGGGCGAGCAGCCGCCGCCGCCGCCCUCGGGCAAGCUGAACAAAACCGCCUUCAAAUUGUUUAAGCGAAGGAAAUCCGGGGGCGCCAUGCCAAGCAUCUUCGGUGUAAGGAGCGGCGGCAAAAGCAAAAGCGGCGAAGGCGGCGGCGGCGGCGGCGGCGGCGGGCAGGGGACGGGCAUGGUGAGGAGCAAGACCCACGAUGGCCUGGCCGAGGUGCUGGAGGUGGAGAGCGGCAAGAACGAGGGCCCGGAGACUGGCGGGAGCGAUCGUGUGGCGGGUAGCGGGGCCGCCGCUGUGGCCGCCAAGGAAGCCGCCUCUUCCUGCUCGUCCUCGGCGGCGGCGGUGGGCAAGUCGCACAGCUUCUUCUCGCUGUUGCGCAAAAACGGCCGCUCCGACGAAGGCGGCAAAGGCGAGAGACCCAAAGGGCGCGGGGGCCUCAAAGGGCUCUUCAGCAGCAUGCGGUGGCCUCGCCGGGAGAAGCCCGGCGGCGGGGUGAAGGACGACGACGACGCCGGUGAGGGCUCCGAGGGCCAGGCCAGUCCCAGCAUCCUCAAUACAGGCUCCCUCACCGCCAGCCUGGAGUGCAUCAAAGAGGAGGCAGCACCCGGAGCGUCCGCUGACCCCAUCCGGACACCCCUGGUCACUAAGGAUGGAGAACAGCCAAUGAGUCCCCUGGCCACUGAGGUCAUGCUCACCACAGACCUGGCACCGCAGCCGGCACCCUGUGGCUCCGGAGGAGAGGAGCUUCCCAGGAUUUUGCCCCAGGAGAAAGAGGUCCAUCCUGAAUCCACCAGUAGUGAUGGCCAAGAGAUCAAGGAGGACUCGGCUGAAACAGGUGACCUCCCCAUCAAGUCUUCCCCCCCUGUUGAACCCAAGUAUGAGCGCAGCCAAGAGGCGGCAGCAGCCCCUGACCCUUCCUCUCUUGAUCCACCCUCUGAGCCAUCUAUUGACCGUAUUUGUUUGAUGUUUGCUGACGUGACUUCACUGAAAAGCUUUGACUCUCUUACAGGCUGUGGGGACAUUAUUGCUGACCAGGAAGAUGACGUGGGCAGCGGCGGUGGCAGUGGUGGAGGUGGAAGUGAGAGGAGUGCCCCUGGGAUUGGCAAAGCUGGGCCCUCCAAGAAGCCUGCCAGCGUGGUGACUUACCAGGGAGGAGGAGAGGAGAUGGCCAGCCCUGAACAGGUGGGAGACACUUGUACUCAGGAGUUCUGGGAUUUAUUGUCACACACUGAAGAGAAACCACAGGGGACAGCAGGAAGGAUGGAAUCCCCUGAGACCUCCAAAGGUGAUAAGAUUGUCAGGAGAGUUCAGGAUGGGUCAGCAAAUGGAAAGCAGAUUGGUCUUAGCCAGAUUCCAGUUCACCACCAGAAAGAAGACCAGAAAAAUAGAGAAAAGGAGCAGCAGGAAGCCAUCCCCAGCAGUGAUGAGGGCUAUUGGGAUUCUACUACACCUGGACCUGAAGAAGACAAUACUAACAGUAUUCAGAAAGAGGUCAUUCCCAGGGACAGCUGCAGUGGGGAUGCUCUCUAUGAUCUGUAUACUGAUCCAGAUGAAAACACAGCAACUGUGACUUCUGCAGAAAAUAUCACCACAGUGACUUGUUGCAAGCCAUUAUCUCCGAUAACAACUACUUGUCCAGUCAAAACCCAUACAACUUCACUCAAGGAUUCAAAGAUACCCAUCAGUAUCAAGCAUUUUACAUCACCACAUGGUAGCCAUGGCCAGGAUUCCAGUAAUAGCCAUCACAUUGUACACCACCAGGCUACCAAAAGUGAGAUUCCUAGAACAAAAAUCCCUGUUUCAAAAGUGCUUGUACACCGAGCCAGUUACAGAAGCUUAGCAGGGACAACAGGUAAAACAGCCACAUAUCAUGAAAGUGCCAAAAAAUAA